AUUCUUUUUUUUGGAUGUUAAAUGACAUAUCUUAUAAAGAGAGUUCCCACUUCUUUCCUUUAUAUACACAUCGCAUAACAUGUGAACUUAUCAAAACAACACACCAAAUCUCUCUCUUCGUCUCUCUCUUUUUCUAUCUCUCUUUCCUUCUCUAGAUGAUGCCUCCUAAUGAGCAAGAAUCUAGCUUUCCGAAAACACCGAGCGCAAACCGACACGAAACUAGUCCGGUUCAAGAAAACCGGUUUAGCUCUCCAAGUCAUGUAAACCCAUGCCUUGACGACGAUAACGACCACGACGGUCCGAGUCACCAAUCAAGACAAUCUUCUGUUCUACGUCAAUCUUUACGUCCUAUAAUCCUCAAGUUUGAGGAGUUGACGUACAGUAUCAAAUCACAAACCGGGAAAGGAAGCUAUUGGUUCGGUUCACAAGAACCAAAACCGAACCGGUUAGUCCUCAAAUGUGUAAGUGGUAUAGUCAAACCAGGGGAGUUACUAGCAAUGCUUGGUCCAUCAGGGAGUGGCAAAACAACGCUAGUAACGGCGCUAGCCGGCCGUUUACAAGGGAAGUUAUCAGGAACCGUUAGCUAUAACGGAGAGCCGUUUACAAGCUCAGUUAAACGGAAAACGGGGUUCGUUACACAAGACGAUGUUCUCUACCCACACUUAACGGUCAUGGAGACGCUAACGUACACGGCUUUGCUCCGUUUACCAAAAGAGUUGACCCGGAAAGAGAAACUAGAGCAGGUGGAGAUGGUGGUUUCGGAUCUUGGGUUGACCCGGUGUUGUAACAGUGUUAUCGGAGGCGGGUUGAUCCGAGGAAUUUCGGGUGGGGAAAGGAAACGGGUAAGUAUUGGACAAGAAAUGCUAGUGAAUCCGAGUUUGUUGCUUCUUGAUGAGCCAACGUCGGGGCUUGAUUCUACCACGGCGGCUCGUAUAGUCGCCACCUUGAGAUCGCUAGCACGUGGUGGUCGGACGGUGGUGACGACGAUUCAUCAGCCGUCGAGUAGGCUUUAUCGGAUGUUCGAUAAAGUGUUGGUUUUAUCGGAAGGGUGUCCUAUUUAUAGUGGAGAUUCGGGUCGGGUCAUGGAAUAUUUUGGUUCGAUUGGGUAUCAACCCGGAUCCAGUUUCGUUAACCCGGCUGAUUUCGUGCUUGAUCUUGCUAACGGAAUUACUUCGGAUACAAAACAAUAUGAUCAAAUCGAAACUAAUGGAAGAUUAGAUCGGCUUGAAGAACAAAACUCAGUGAAACAAUCGUUAAUAUCGUCAUACAAAAAGAAUUUGUAUCCACCUUUGAAAGAAGAAGUGUCUAGAACGUUUCCACAAGAUCAAACGAACGCUAGAUUGAGAAAAAAGGCAAUAACAAAUCGAUGGCCAACGAGUUGGUGGAUGCAAUUCUCAGUUCUACUGAAACGAGGUUUAAAAGAGAGAAGUCACGAAUCAUUUUCAGGACUCAGAAUAUUUAUGGUCAUGUCAGUUUCUUUACUUUCAGGCCUCUUGUGGUGGCAUUCUCGCGUUGCUCAUUUACAAGAUCAGGUAAAACAAAAUAAACCAUGGUAUUAAUUAAAAUUUUGAUUAUCCUAAACAUAAAUAAUUAUUUGAGUAGUUGGCAUCACAGAAAAACACCGUAUAUAUAACUAAAAUUUAUUUUAAAAUAAAAAGUAUAUAUAUACAAACAUUUCCACCCAAAAUAUAUUUUUCUCAUGUUUUAUGUUUACGUUAACGGUUUAAAUGUUUCCUCUUGUUCACUAUAACAGGUGGGUUUAUUGUUCUUCUUCUCGAUAUUUUGGGGAUUCUUCCCUCUCUUUAACGCCAUUUUUACAUUCCCUCAAGAACGACCAAUGCUUAUAAAAGAGCGAUCCUCGGGAAUCUACAGGCUCUCCUCUUACUAUAUAGCAAGAACAGUCGGCGAUUUACCAAUGGAACUCAUUCUUCCAACGAUAUUUGUCACAAUCACAUAUUGGAUGGGAGGUCUUAAGCCAUCUUUAACCACAUUCAUCAUGACCCUUAUGAUCGUUCUCUACAAUGUUCUAGUAGCUCAAGGCGUAGGGUUAGCUCUAGGAGCAAUCUUGAUGGACGCAAAGAAAGCCGCGACAUUGUCUUCGGUGUUAAUGCUAGUGUUCUUACUAGCCGGAGGAUACUAUAUUCAACAUAUUCCGGGUUUCAUCGCGUGGUUGAAGUAUGUUUCGUUUAGCCAUUAUUGCUAUAAGCUUCUUGUUGGGGUUCAAUACACAUGGGAUGAGGUUUAUGAAUGUGGGUCAGGGUUGCAUUGUAGUGUUAUGGAUUACGAAGGGAUUAAGAAUUUGAGAAUCGGGAAUAUGAUGUGGGAUGUUUUGGCUCUUGCCGUUAUGUUGCUUCUUUAUAGGGUUUUAGCUUACUUAGCUCUAAGGAACUUGUGACACCUUUUAAUCUGUGUGUUUAUUUAACUAAUGUAUAAGGCAAGUGUUAGAUAUAGUCAUCAGUCAUUUUUUCUUGCAGGUUUCCGGUCUACUAUAGUUGCAAUUACUUAAAAUUGAAAAAAAGAACCUACUAUUGAAAAUCAAAGUGGAACUAACCAUUAGUCAGGCCAAUAAAGGAGUAUUUAUUAUAAAAGGAGUAACCGUUACUUUACAAGUUUUGAUUAGAUCAGUACAUAUAUACCCAUAUUGUUUCAAAUUAUAAUUUUUGUGUUUGAAUCUACUGCUCGUUAUUGUAUCUGAUUUAAGGACCCAUGCAUUCAUACGUGAAAGUCCCAAGUCUUUCUUUUUCCAGUUUUAGAUAAUUAUGGAGAAACUACAAAACAUUACAUCGUAAUGAAUUGGUACGUAUUAAUUUACUAACAUGAGUGGCUUUGUUGUGGUCUUAAAAUUCUUUAUGGUUUCGGAUUUUCCUAUUGGGCUUUCGUCUGUCAAUUAUUGGAGCAGCAGCCCCCUUUUCUUCAUAUUGGGUCUGAUGUACCAUCACCAGUUUUAUUUCUCUAAGAUGUUUUACAUUAUUAUCCAAAUUAAAAGGGCUUUCCAAUC